UAACAGUAACAACAGUCUUAUCAUUUAAGGUGGAAGUAAGCAAAUACGCAUCUGUGUAUUUUUUCAUACAGAUACUUGUAUGUAUGAAAAAGUAGGACAAAUGAAAUGUUUGUAGCUUUGUGUUGCAGUGUGUUACAGCAUAUACUGUACCUGUACUCUGCAUGUGUGUGUGUGUAUGUGUGUGUGCGUGCACACAUUUGUGGAGCAGUUGUUUGGCAGAGGUAUUUCAGGCACAUGGUUGGGCUCUGUGACAGACUCACAGGGAACAGAUAAAGACUCAGAAAGAGAGAGAGAGGGGAGGGAGUCUUCCCAGUCAGCCUGAAUCUCUCUCAGCCUACACAAUCUCCCGACACAACCCUGGGCUCAGUAAUGUUGGAAACGCUACAUGACUGAGCUUUACCUUCCACACAAGCUUUGCUAUCACCUGCUUGAGGACUCACACAGCACAAACCCGGCCAUCAUGGAGGAAGCUGAUCUGCUGAAGGAGAGGCUCCAGGCAAUUACAGACAAAAGAAGAAUCCAAGAGAGCAUCGCCAUGAAAAGGAGACAGAUUGAAGAGGAGAAAUUAAAACUCCAGUACAUAAAGAAAAAAGCCCUGAGGGAGCAGUGGCUGAUGGACGGUCUGAGUCAGCAGUCGGAGGAGGAACAGGAGGCCAUGAGGCUUCAGGCUCAGGAUGAACAGCAGCAGAGUGAUCAGCUGCAGAGCAACAUCUUCAGAAUAGAGAAAGAGAUUGAGGCACUGGAAACACAAGAGCUCAACAUAUCUGCCAAUGAAGAAGUAGUUCUGAAGCGGUUAAAAGAGGUGGAGAGGACGGCCGAGGACAUUAUCAAGAAAGCUACCUUAGUGGAUGGAGAGGCAGAUGGAAAAGAAGUGAACGAAGGCUGCAGCACAACUGAGAAUCACAACUCCUUCUCUGUCACCAUGGAAACCACUGAACAAUCAGAGCCGCCAAUGGACUGUGAAGUGGAGGUCGCUGUGGCUGAUUCACCUGAGCAGGAGAAGGAUUUCGGUGCAGAAGAUGAGCAAGUUUGUCUAGAGACAGACACAUCAGAUUCCCCAGGAAAAAAUGCAAUGCUUGACAAAUUAUUAACUGACCUGCCAACUGACGCAAUUGAGAUUGACAAGUGUGACUGCUCUGAGACCAGUGUUUGCAAUGAAAUGCCUUGUCAGGAUCAAAAGGAAGCUUUGAUAUUAGAACCAGGGCAUGAAGAGCUUAACAGGAAUGAGUCUAUCACCUCAUCUGUGUCUGACACCCUUUCCAGUGCUGAUAGUGUCUAUGAGAAUGAGGCCCAUCGAAAGAGGCAGGACACGCCAGAACAAGAUCCUGAGCAAGAACAUGUCCCUGAGCUGGAGCAGGAUCCUGAGUCAGCGAAACACCCUGAACCAGAGAAGUACCCUGAGCCGGAACAAGACCAUGAACCAGAUCAAUACCCUGAACCACAGGAAGACCUUGAACUGGGGCACUACCCUGAGCCAGAGGAUGACCCUGAGGCAGACCAGUACCCUGAGCCAGAGCAAAACCAUGAGCUAGAGUUAUAUCCUGAGCCAGAACCUGAGACUGAUGAUAAUGAGUUUAAUCCUGAAGAUGAUGACUAUCAAAAUCUAGCAUUAGACACACAGGAAGACCCAGAGGCCCAUGACAUCCUAUUUGAACCACCCAUUACAGAGGAGUCGAUAUUAGAGCAGUGCAUUAGAGAAGAAGCAAUGUCAGAUGUUUCCAAUGAAUUCUGCCAUGACCUUGACCCUGACGAAAUAGAUGAAUGUCUGAGAGUUGAAAUUGCAGCAGCUUCCUCAGAUAGUGAGACAGAUGAAAAAUGGAGAACAAUAUUCUCCUCUUCUAUAAAUAAAGAAGAUGAUGACUCAUACUUGGACAGUCUUCAGCUGAGUGCCCAGGAGCUCUUUGUACAGAAAGUUGAGGUGACAGACUUUGAAGAACAAGACAACAACACCUUCGAAGAGGUCUGUUUUGAGGUUCCACAAGUGGAAGAAGUUCUGGAACAACCUGAGGAUAUCAUUUCCUUUCCCACCCCUCCACAAGAGGUUAAAUAUAACCCUUUAGGCCUUCAGGGUUUGUCCAAAAUUUCCGAAGAUGAGAAUGAAAAUGGAAGAGAUGCCAAUCAUAACCACACCACCCACCAACAGCACAUCAAUGCAGAUCCAAACAAGAAGCUACCUAAAGACUUCUGUGUGAUACAGGAGACAAAGAGUGAAAAUGUUAGCACAGAACAUGUAGACUUCCAGCUAGCUCGUAAACAAUGGAGAGAAAUGGAGGAGCAAACCAUGAACAAGAUUGUCUUACCUACAACCAAGCAGUCCAGCUUCCAUGGCAGCCACAGCUUCAUGUACACGCCAGUUCGCAACAUUGAAAGAAGCCAAAAGAAAAGACAUGAUCUGGAGAGCUUGAAUUUGGUUGGAGAUUAUCCUCACACACAGUUCAGCCCUUGCUCAGAAGAUUCUGGCCUUGAUGAUUCCAGUUACAGGUCCCCUUAUGAUGACCCAGAAACAUCAGUUGAAAGGGAGAUUCGCAUAUCAAUGGAGAGAGAGGAAAACUUUAAGAGAGAGAAAGGCCUCUCUAGGAUGGGUAAAUCAACUGAUUGUGCUCCAUCACGGAGUAUGCCCAGAUCUAUAAGCACUCCACUCACACCCUCAUUCAUCAUCACCUCUUCACCCACUAAGGAACCUCUAAAACAUGAAUUGUCUGCAAACAACGUUAUCGUUCUUGACCCUAGCAAUGAUUUCCCCUCCAGCCCCAGACAUGGCAAAGACAAUGUGGCAGCUCGAUCUGGUGAGUGGCACUCUGAAGACAACAGCUCCAGUGUCAUCAUCCUAGAGACAUCCAAUCUGAUUAUUCGCAGUGCCUCAGAAUUCUCUCUCAACAAAGCCUGUGAGCAGCCCCAGGAAAAAAUGUUCCUGAACAACCCCUUUUUCAAGCUACGUUCAAGAAGCACAAUAUCUCUGGUGGAUGAAGAGAUUAAGAUGGUUAAGCAGAGGGAGGAAGAGCUGAGGAAAGAGAGAGCAAAUUUGUAUGGAAAAGACAGGCACAACCCUGACAGGAUGCUAUCAAAUCACAUGGACACUUUGGCAUUUGAUAAUUCAGUUGAUGUACCAGUGAAGUGCAAGUCCUCUCCAUCAUCCCCACUGAAAUCAGCCUGCAGGAUGGAUCGUUCAGCUUUAUCCUGCGAUCACAGAUUUCCAGACGUAUACGCAGGAGGAAGACGCAAGAGUGCCAUGGCUCUGCGCUGGGAGGCGGGCGAGUUUACAAAAAAUGAGUGAAGAGCAACAAGUCAACAGUAUGCCAUAUAAGGGAAUAAAUUGUCAGUAUUAUAUUCAUUCAAGAUAGAUGCAGCAUUGCAAUUGUUUGUUUCAUGUUGUGACAUAAACGUUCUGCUUUUGUGAUGCUUUUGGCAAAACCAGCAAGACAUUGAGAAUGUUGUGGCCACAUUAGUUUGGACAAAGUCCCUAGAUAACUAAUACAUGCAAUAUUAUACUGUGCUAUGGACAUACAUGACACCUGAUUCUGGCCAGAGGGUGUGCAUUAUUUUCCCACACAACUCCAAAAUGUCCUUACCAUUAUUUCUGAAUCAACACUCACAGCUGGAAGGCUGCUGGUUUCAGCUCUUACAAGACUUCAACUUCCGCUAUUUGUUGGAGUAAUAAAGUAAAGUAUUGUUUAUUAUAAGACUGACAAAGACAGUGCCAACACACACUUUCCAUUUAAACCAAAUGAUGAAUGAACAAUACUAGUAUUUUUGAACUAUGGCAGCUGGCGAAAGCAUGAAUGGGAUCAUCCUUAGGAAUCACAGAAGAUAUUAAAUAUAACACAGAGGAAAACCCAGGUUUUCUUUUUUUGUUAUGUAAGGCAUUUCUAUAACUGCAUGCCUCUUUCUGGAUUAUCUCUUGCCCAUUAAAGAGCUAAAAAAAUGCCAGUGGAAGGAAGUUUUUAUUUUCUGGUCUGGCUUUAUUUAUAAGGAUAGUAGUAAAGGAUAACACUUUCUUAGAAUAUCUCAAUACAAUACUCAUGUGCAAUAUGUGCAAUAUGUGUUCAGUUCAGUGUAAACCUAAUAUGAGGUGUCAGCUGCAUAAUUUAGACAAAUGGAGUAGCCAUCAAGUGUAGAUUUGCUGUUGAUAUAACAUUCAGAUGUACAGUACCACUUGUAGUGUUGCAUCUUUGUCUCAUGUUGAAGUCUGUUUUCCUUUUGUAUGGACUUUUCUGUGAGAACAUUUAAAAACAUGAGCUGAAAGAUGCAAAAAUGUCCUAGACAGCUGAAAGAAACAGCAGAGUUGAUCAUUUUCUGUGGUUUCCUCACUUUGAGUGCCACUUUCAUAUCACUUGCAGCAAUUUUGUGUCUGGGAAAGACAGCAUUUUUAUGAACCCGUCAACACUGCAAAGGAACCAUGUCUUUCAGUACAUAGCCCAAUCAGUCACAAACAACCAGGUAUAUCCAAGGUACCAGCUGACAAAAAAAAACAAAACAAGAAUU